AUGGAUCAACCAAAGCUGACCAUCCCAGAAGUAGAGACUGCCAAACCAAAUUAUGGUUACCUCCCCAAAGCCAGACCUCCCAGAACCAAAAUAAACUCCUCCUAUAUAGUCAAGCCGGAUAAUCGAUAUGACCCAAAACAGACAUUGACGAAACCUGACUUUAAGUAUGGCCCAAAACCAAAUGUUGAUCAACCGAAGUUGACCAUACCGAAACCAAACCUCUCCGUACCAAAAUUAGGCAACGAAAAAUCAAAUUAUGGGUACGGUUCAAUUCCAGAAGCUCCACUCCCCAUUGGGAUUGAAGGUCUUGUUCUUUGCAAAUCAGGCUCUACUUAUGUUCCCAUUGAAGGAGCUGUGGUAAGGAUAGCAUGUAUCGCUGUGGACCAGAACGGAUACGAGACAACACCUUUCACAUGCUUGACUGGUGCAACUGAUGCAAACGGUUACUACUACAAAAUAUUGCCUGCUUUUGGGCUUGGCGAUGAUUUGAAGGUCACAGAAUGCAAGGCCUACCUUGAAAGCUCUCCAUUGGAGACCUGCAAAAUUCCAACAGAUGUCAACUACGGGAUGAGUGGUGCCCUCCUUUCUCCUUACCGCCUUCUCAGUAGCAAAAACAUUAAGUUGUACUCUAUGAGGACUUUCUUCUACACCUCGGAAGCUACAUCAACCCCUGCCGGUGGUUAUUAA